AUGGAGAAUGCCCGGAUGGCCAUGUUACCCUACCCGAUGAUACUUUCUGUUGGGGCCUAUGUGAUGAAAGUACUUGCUGCGAGAAAGCAGAGAUAUGUGAAGAAUGGGAUGGAGAAUGCCCGGAUGAUCAUGUUACCCUAGCCGAUGAUACUUUCUGUUGGGGCCUAUGUGAUGAAAGUACUUGCUGCGAGAAAGCAGAGAUAUGUGAAGAAUGGGAUGGAGAAUGCCCGGAUGACCAUGUUGCCCUGCCUGAUGAUACGUUCUGUUGGGGUCUUUGUGAUGAAAGUACUUGUUGCGAGGAAGAAGAUGAUGACGACUCGAAGGACGACGAUAUGUGGGGCGACCCCCACAUGAGAGGACUCCGUGGCCAGAGAAUCGACUGGUAUGGGGUAGACGGUGGUUGGUACUCCCUUAUCAAGGACGACAAUGCCAAUCUCAACAUCAACAUUCGCGUCACCGCUCCUCUGCCUGACGAGUUCCCCAACCGCCAGCUGAUGACCGGCCUGAUGGUUCUAUCGGAGGGGCACUCUCUUGUCAUCGAGGUCGCAAACCCUUACACCAUCGAGACGGACGGCUGUCCCGAGAGCGUCUCGCCCUGCCUCGCCAAUGGCGGACUGCGCACCUACGUCGACGGCCAGGAAGCAGAUGAGCUCCUUCGAUUCUCCAGGCACGUACCGGUUGGAGACGGUGCCAUCACUGUGUCGGCAUCAAACCUUCCGGUGGAGUGCCGCCAGUUCGGCGGUGACAAGAUAUGGUCCCACAUGUACAAGGACAUAAUCGACGGUAGGCGUCGGCUGCUCGGUGGUGAGAGCCUCGAAGAGUGGAUCUUGAGGUACGACCAGAGCAUGACGGCGCGCCGCUGGUGCGCCAAGUACAUCGCCGACAACGACCUCGCCGACCUGCAAUCCACCCACGCCGUCUUCAAGAUCGAGAC